AUGUCUUCCUCUCGCUCACCCAACCCAAGUCAACUAGCCACCUCCCUACCCGGCUUGACCACCCACAUCACCGGCCAUGACCCGUCGACCGGCAAAGCCAUCGUCCAAGAAUCGCGACCUGGAAACUGGACCAGCUACGACGACAAGCUGAUGGCAUUCAACGUCAUCUACACGACCUCCGAAUUCCCCGCGAACCUGAACAACGACCAAGACCUCAAGCUUCACGACCAAGUCGCGGCAAGCGGUAACCUCGGACUCGUCAACCCACAUGGCACCGUCUGUCGCGUGGUCGACUUCGCCCCGGGCUUUGAGUGCAUCAUGCACCGCACGCAGAGCCUCGACUACGGCAUUGUCUUGGAAGGCAGUGUCGAAUUGGUCCUGGACAGCGGAGAGAGGAGAUCUAUGCGUAGAGGAGAUGUUGCGGUUCAGAGAGCGACGAUGCACGCGUGGAAGAAUACGAGUGAUACGGAAUGGGCGAGGAUGAUCUUUGUGCUUCAGGACUGCGAGAAGUUGGAGAUCGCAGGGAUGGCGUUGAAGGAGGAUCUGGGGAGAGGUGUCGAUGGGUUGCCGCCGAGCGGGAAUGAUGAUUAA